AUGACUUUACUACGACUAAAUGUUGGUACUACGAUCAAGGUUCCGAUUUCAUCUCUCUCUAACUGUUCCGCAAAGCCUUUCGCUACUUUGGCUUUAGGCACUACCGCACAGAUUUUUUCAGAAAGAUCUUUUGCAAAUGCUGGUUUUCCUAUCCGUUCUUUUGUUAACAGAAAGAUCUUUUGCAGCUUGAAUGAAGAUAAUCUUUCAGUGGGUGAAGGAAGGAGUUUCCCAAAUUAUGGCUUUACUGAAGCUGAUGAGAGUGAAAUUCCUUUUGAUGAAAGGGUACUUGCCGCAUUCCAUCUAGAUUGUAAUAAGUGGGGUGUAAGUGUUAAACCAUUAGCUGGUAGCGUGAUUAAUUUUGCAGUGUACAUUUCAAUUCUUAAGCUAGGUGAUCGAAUAAUGUAUUUGAAUUUGACUCACAAGGGACAUUUAUCUCAUAAUUUCGCCUCGCAAUAUUUUGAAAUUAUGCCGUACCGACUUGAUGAAUCAACAGAUCUUAUUGGGCUGGAGAAAACUGCUGCUGAAUUCCGACCAAAGCUCAUUGUUGCUAGUGUGUAUCCUCCAGACGUCAAUUAUUCUCGCAUUAGAAAAAUAGCAGAUGAAGUAGGUGCUUUUUUUAUGAUGGAUAUGACUCAUAUUCUUGGGUUUGUUGCCGAGUCUGUGCUUGCCGAUCCAUUUGAGUUUUGUGAUAUUGUUGCCACCGCAACCCUCAAGGUUUGCUUUGAUAUUGGGUUCAGCUUACAUUUUUUACUCAAAAUGAAAGAAGAAUUUGCAUUUAAAAAUUACCAAAAGCAGGUAUGUGUCAUUGUCGCUUUUCAACAUUGGUUAAAGUUGGGUGUAAACCACUUCCGACCAAUAACAUUCAUUCAUACCAUCGUGCAGGUGGUUGCUAACUGUAUAGCUCUUGCUAACCGAUUAGUUGAACAUGGAUAUAAACUGGUUUCUGGUGGUAAUGAUAAUCACAUGGUUCUUGUUGAUCUUGGGCAAUUUGGUAUUGAUGGUGCUCUCGUGAAGAAAAUUCUCAACAUGGCUUUUAUAAACGGCAACAAGAAUUUAGUGUCUGGUGACAAGAAUGCCCUAGUUUCCAACGGCAUUUCCAUUGGGACAAAAGCAAUGACAACAAGAGGAUUUAAUGAGAAAGAAUUUGAACUAUUUGCGGACUUAAUUCAUGAGGGUGUGCUGUUAAGUUUCGAAGCAAAAAGUUUGGUCUUGGGAUCUAUGGAUCAAGAUUUUAUGAAUGUUUUCAUAUCGCCUGAAUUUUCUUUGGGAGACAAGGUUUCAGAUUUGCGUAGAAAAGUUCAAGCUCUUGCUCCUUCGUCUGGAAGCAAAAUGUUUGGUUAUGGUUUAAGAUUUUAUGAAUUUUGUGACAUCGCCUGAAUUUUCUUUGGGAGACAAGGUUUCAGAUUUGUGUAGGAAAGUUCAAGCUCUUGCUGGAGUCUAAUCCUCUUUUUCUUGAAAAUUUUCAUGACGCUGAUUACAUGUUUUAUUUGUGUUGCUGUUUGUUUAAACAUAAAUGUUAUUGUUACAACCUAUUGUGUUGCUGUUUGUUUUAUUGGAGUCUAAUCUCUCUCUCUCUCUCCAAAUUCUCUUGGAUACCUUGGAGUUGCACUUUGGCAAUUUCUGACCUGUCUUCUUCAUGGUCAAGUUGAUAAUGUUCAUUUUAUUUUUUGAAAUGACUAUUUGACUGCGAGUAGAUUGAGUCAGGAAUUCCCUAGUGCAUUCUAUUAAAAUAAUUUCUGAAGAUUUUA